AUGAUGAAGCAAGGCAGUGAAAACAAAAGUCAUAUCGUGCAUCGUUUUAUUAUUUCUACACGAAAGUCUCAACCAGAACAUGAGAAAAGUCGAUCGAAAUCACCAGUUCCAAAAUUUCAAUAUCAGAUACCAUCAAGUUUCUUUAGAGCAGUAGAUAAAGCCCGAUUAGAAGCUGGUUAUGAUAUUCUACCACGUUUUCAUAAUCCAUCAUCAUCAUCAUCAUCGUCAUCUCAUCGUACAGCAUCAUUAUCGUCACUAGCUCUCGAUCGAUCAAAAACGCACCAUUUUACGAAACAUAAUGACUUUCAUUCUUCGUCAAUAGUAGAUGUUGAUAAAGCUUCUUCAAAACAAGUUCAAUUUCAUCAUAAAUUUCAUAAACAAUCUGAUUCCGAUCAUCAUCAUCAUCAUCACCAUCGCCAUCGCCAUCAUCAUCGACGUCGUCAUCGUAAGACAUCAGAACAAACUGCAUCGAAUAGCUCACUAUUACAAUUAACAAGAUCUAUCAGCUCUCACAGACAGUCGGCUAUUCCUAGAGCUACAUCUUCUACUCGAUCGAAACAUAGUUGA